AUGAAGGUAGAACCUGUUAAUAGCGAUGACAACCCUAAGAAAGUGGCUAAUUCAUUGGGUUGGACUAUACCCAGUGUUAUGAAGCUAUUAAAGGAAGGAAAUCUAUAUUUUAAAACCAUUCAAGAGAAGACUGGCCAUACCAUCUUUAGAAUUAAUUUGGGAGUAGAAGCUUUCGCCUUGUGCGAUAGCCAAAGUGCAACUGCAGUUUUCGAUUAUAGUAAGGUGACUAAAGAUGAUGGCUUUGGUCGAUUAAAAUUCAACAAAAAUCUAACUGGUCAAAUAAGACCAUCUAUAUUUUGUAAUGGAGAAGUACAUGAACGCUAUCGAAAGUUUCUAAUGGAUGUUUUUCGUGCUACAUCGGUUGAUUACUUAAUUAAAGUGACCAAUGAAGCAGUUGAAAAACAUUUCAGCUUAUGGGAAAAGAGUUAUACGGGUGCGGGUAUUGCCAAAGAAUGGGAAAUGGAUAUUUUAAGGUUAUGCAGCGAUAUUGUACAUCGGGCAAUCCUUGGAGGAGAGAUAAGUUCCGAAGCUUCUCAUAAUUGGCUUAUGGGCAUUCUGAAGAAGAAAAGAUCAGCUUUAGGGGUCAAAACUAAAUUUUUCUCCAAGGCUAUCGUUGGAUAUGCAAUUCUCACCAAUGGAAUUAAAGAAUCUCCCCACUAUCAGAGCAUGAUCAAACUAGCUGACAAACGAUCAGUUUCUGAAGAGGAAGCAUUAAACAAUAUUCUCUUUUCCAUUCUCUUCAAUUACUAUGGAGGAUGCAGUGCUGCCUUUCGGACAUGUGCUGCAAGGAUAUCAAUAUUAGACGAAAAUAUCAAAAGCGAAUUAAUCGAAGAUAUUAAAAGUGCUAUAGAUAAAUAUGGAGGCCUAACUGGUCAAGCUUUGUGUCAAAUGAGAAAGCUCCAUUCAUUUGUUUUGGAAAAUCUUAGAAUGUCUUCACCCGUGAAUUUAAUUUUUGGACGAGCAGUUGAAGAUUUAAUGAUUAAAUCUAAUACCGGAACUUACAAGAUUCCAAAAGGCAAAUUAAUGGUAGCUAAUCUCUUUUGGGCACACCGAGAUACUAGAGUAUUCGAUGAUCCGCUUACCUUUCAAGCACUGCGAUUUUUUAAUAAUCCGGAUCUUAAAAAUUAUUUGUACUGGGAAGCUGGGCCUUUCUCUAAGGAUCAGUGUGAAAAGACCCAUCAAUGUCCUGGUCGGAACAUUGCUAUCCCUUCCAUCAUGCUAUUUUCCGCUUAUCUGCUCCUUCAAGGAGACUAUCAACUAGGUAGUGAGCCUCAAUGGACAGGAAAAAAAAUUCGACGCUUAGGGACUCCUGAUGAGAUCAUCACUCUAAAAAAAUUUAAAUACAAAUCAGACGUUACAGUUUCGCUACCGGAAGCUGUUCUAAAUAGCAAAUUAAAGUAUGAUGAAAUGACAGCCGAAAAUAAUAAUAGUCAAUGUCCUGUGGAUAGCGAAGCUUAAUAAAAACAAAAUGAAGGAAAUCGAAACUUAGAAUAAGACUGCAAUUCCUUAAUUUUAGUAUGAUUUAAUUCUCGAAGUAUUUUUAACGAUAAUAUUUGGUAUUUUCUUGUAAAUUUUAUCUGCUACGAUUUACUUCCACUACCACGCUUUACUUUGAUAUCUCUACUAAAUACAGCAUCAAUUUUUUUAUCUUUCUUUAUUUUGACGUAAUCUAACGUUU